AUGACAGAGUUCAUGUGCCUUAUUGCACUUGCCACGUACGGAAUAGCAACACUACUUGCUCUAUGGCCUAGUAAUACCUAUCCAACCUCGUAUGAUAGUUAUGCUGGCGUGACAGUAAAGGUUGGGCAUGCGGUGGACACCAUGAAACAUGUUGAUAAGUAUAAUCAGCUCAUGUCUGGUCAAGUGAUGUCAGUCCACGAACUACUGAAGCAUGAUCGUCCAGUUUGUGAGUUGGAACGAAGUGGAUACGAUACCGAUUUCUUCCUACUACUGAAAAUCCUUUCUCUAAGAAAUUUCAGCAUCCCUCAUCACUUUCCAGUGGACAUGACAAUACAGAGGUAUGGGAUUCAAAUAUGGCAACAGAAACAUGUAGAGGAACUAAGUUCUGACAAAAUUAUUCCUUAA